GUAAAAUUGAUCUCUACGACUUAUUCGUGAAUUUAAUCACAAAUAAUAAUCUUAUUGAUAAAAAAUUUAUUAUUAAAGAAAUGAUUGAACUUGGAGCUUACUUGAAUUAUGUCGAUAAAGUUUCUCACUAUGAUCAACUCUCUAAUUCAUCCUACAAAACGCUUUUUUUAAAUUCGGACUUAGGAAGUGCAUUGGUAAAGAAAUACUUUUAUUUAGUCUUUUCUCUUAGUAUUCUAAUCACCGGCAUGUAUAUCGCAUUAUAUCAAGGAUCUUGGACAGAACAAAAGGGACCUUUUGCUUGGUUUGAAAUGUUGCAGUUAAUUAUGUGGUUCUCUGCAUUUAUGGCAAACCUUUAUGACAUUUUCCAUGGCGCCGUUGGUCUUUGUCAACAAUACCGUUCUGCGUAUUCACUUCAACAAAUUCCAAAAGCUGCUAGAUUUAUACGUAUUGAACAUGAUAAUGUCAAUGAAAAAGUUGUUGUUGAAAUUGAAAAAAAAGAUUUUGACAUUAAUUUGGGCUUGGAAAUAAAUAAUGAUAAGGAAGUGAAUAGUGAUGAUUGUAAACAAAAUGAGUCUAUAUGUUGA